AUGACUUCUGAAGUGAUACCGGAAACAUCGUGCCUUGGUGUCGCCAUCGAUCAUCGAAUUAGACGACUUUUUCAGCCUGUUGCCUCAGUUCCUUCCAGCGCACCUCGCGGCGGGCAUGUCUCUAGAAUCGGAAUUCAAGGACUUACCCUUAAAAAACAAAAAGAUGAAAUACAGGUGACAAGGCAGUUGGCCGGGCCCAAUACUACAGGGGGAAUCGCGAUAGCGUUGCAGCAGCCGUCGGAUUAUCACCCCUUCGGAGAUGGUGUCAACGCUGUAGUCGACAGUUCUCCUACCCUUUCAGCUCUAGGGGAUCUUUUCGCUGUCGUGUCCUGCGGUACACUAGAUAUUAUUUCUGAUAUAUCUGUGAUUGAUCUUCUCCCCUAUACAACCGAGGGUGAUAUGGAAGAAAUGGAUGCUAAGAUGCUCAGAAAUGGUUUCCAGACAUCAACUGAAGUAUUUUCUGAUAAGAAGCCCGAUGUGCUCCUUUGUGCCGGAAAAAUUUGGCUAAAGAAGCUGGAAAUGUUCCAGGAUGAUUUCGAUGCACAGAAGCAGUGCAAAGGGGACGCAUGGCAAUUGGAGAGUAUUGGGAUCGGAAAAAUAUUUGACAAAUACGCACAUGCUAAAAUUCACGAUGAAAAUAAGAGCAAUGUCCGGAUUCGACGGGUUAAUGGGUUCCAUCCCAGCCACGCAAUCAGAUACAAUCCACAUCAGAGUUGUCUGAUUCAACUCCUCUUGCUUAUUGUGUCGGAAACGUGUGGUAUCCUCAGAGGUGACUGGAAGGAAGAGGAAUGGAUGCGCUAUUUACGGGUUAAAUGCUCGGAAUUGCCCAAGGAGAGUGGACUAUACUUUCUCUCUGACUAUGCGGAUCACUAUGGUCUAAUCAUAGAUAAAAUCCGAGAAGAAAUUUCAGACAUAGCGGGUUCUAAUUCGGAGACCUAUAAUGGGCUCCUAGAAAGCGCUCUUAGUGAACAAUUGAAUAACGCAUCCCUUGUUCUACAAGUCAUGGGUAGCCAGGAUGGCAUUCCCUCAAAGAUACUGAAACAAGCGGCCAGAUAUACCAUAUCCUUGACUACGGCGUCCUGGAAGGGAAAUGGAUGGCUCAGGAGCAGAGACAUAAAACAAUUGAUUUUGAACGGAAUUGAAGUCAUCAGCCUUUCCGUACAAGAUGUACAGAAUUUGACACUAGACCCAAGAGUUACCAGUAAGGCAUUUUUUGAUGCAGCUGAAGCCAUUGAACUGUUUUUAUGGGAUCAACCACAGUUUAAGAAAGACACCGCGGCAAACUACAGUCAUACGGAACCAGACGAUAUUGCUGACAGGAUCGAAACGAGUCUGAAGCUGGAUGAUUAG